GCUCUUUUUUCAUUUCGAAGAAAUUGUAGUUUAGGUGGGGGUUCUUCGUGGACCUUCUACAAUAUCAUCCUGUGCUACAUUUUUGCAAGUUAUGUGAUGAAUAGUUUUAUCGGGAUAGUCCUCCAAACACAGAGUCGGUAGAGGUAGACUGCUGUUUGCUGUAUGGGGGCAUCUGUGUGUAAGUCGGUGAAGGUGAAAUCAAUUUCGACCGCUCACGAGUCUUGUAGUCGGGAUGGAGCUGAGCUUGUCGGUGUGACUCGUGAACCUGUAGAACAUGUGUAUGUAGAACAUGGAUUAACGACAGAUGCCAGGGGAGCCAGGAAAACAGAUGAAAACUUCCAACGGACGGCUCCUACACCGACUCCACGUAGUCCUGUUGAACAUGAAGAUACAACAGACAUCCACAGUAGCAGUCGGGAGUCUAUCAAAUGGGAUAAACCAAGUACUGUUAAGUCUACUCCUUCACCUGACCGUGCAAAAAAUGAUGACGUGAAAAGUCAAUCCCGUGGCGACGACGAAGAUCGCUUAAGCUUGUCCACUGUAGCUUCUUUAAGAUAUGGCGAUACCACAAGCAUUGAGACCGAAGGUCAAAGGGCACCUGAUGUUGAGCCAGUGGAGGAGACUCCACAGCAGAUUGAAAAUUCCGCGAUCAGUCGGGAAAAUGAAGCUAUACAGGAAAAGGGUGAUUCAGAGACUAGCGCACUUUGUAUCAACCAAGGAGGGUCAGCAACCCUUCCGCCAACCGACCAGCAAGAGGAUAUGGAUCACAUAUCGCCACCAUCUAGAGAGACUACUGGUGACACGUACAAUAUACAUAUUGCUGACAGAGAAAUUCGUCUGAAAGGUGUCAUAUCGAAAUGCUGCCAGAGUUAUACAAAGGAUGACGUGAUGUUUGUUGAGGUACCAGCUUACGAAGCAGCCAGAGAUCAUCUCCUCAAAUACAGCAUGCUGACUUUGACGAGUAAGCCAGGGGAAGGCAAGACUUUAUUAGCACGCCAUCUUCUGCUCGACAUCAUCAAAAGUGAGCACCCAGACGUCCGACUUGAUGAAGUUAUCUUGGCUGAUACGCCAGACGACUGGAAGGAUCAUAUCAACCCUAACAAACGCCAGUUUGUACUUAUUGAGGACAUCUUCGGAGUAUCCAACUUGUCCAAGAAUCGUCUCGACAUGUGGCGGCCUCUGCUUGACACCAUUGCUAGAGUAGUCAUUGAACAAUCCGGUAAACUAUGUGUAGUGGUUACGAGUAGGAGACAUAUCCUAGAAGAAGCGAAGGAACUAAUCAAGGAUUGUCCAUUUCUUGACGAACAAGGAAUUAUCAACUUGACAGAUUUUCCUUUAAACUCUGAGGUAAAAAGAAAAAUUCUUCUUAAACACGUGAAUGACUUGUCUGAAAAAGAAAUUCAGGAAAUCGUUCGUUGCGAUAUUCCACAUGGGUUCCCUUACUGCUGCAAAAUAUUUUCAUCUAACACUCAUUUGAGAAAAAAGGGUUCUGCCUUCUUCAAAAAUCCCGUUGGCUACAUCAAGGAGGAAGUUGAAUCCCUGCGUAGGACAGAUGUCGUGAAGUACUGUGCACUUGUGCUGUGCAUGCUCAAUGAUGGACACAUUAACAAAUCGGAAUUGGACAUAACACAGCUGGAUGAAGCAGGGAAAACUAGACUAAGAGACAUCUUGCAAUUGACUGAGGUUCCAUCCGAGAUCUCAACAACAAGUCUGAUAGACGCACUAGAUAACCUUACAUGUCUGUAUUUGGUUAACUACAACGAUACCUACCGGUUUAUGCAUCCUUGCCUUCUAGAGGUUGUCACCGAGAUGUGCUCGAAGUUUAUCCCGGGUGCUAUUGUCAAGCACUGUAGUCCUAACUUCCUACACGAACGAGUACGUAUUCGCACCAAGCAAGCGCGCUCUGGGGGGAGUUUUGUGGUUCUACUUGAAAAAGAACAAUUCAAAUUUCUGGCAAGUAGAUUCUAUGAGGAAGUGAAGGCGAAAAGAAUUAAAAGCGUUGUUCAACAUGAAGCAUGUCGUGAUGACAAUUUCGUGAAUUUCUUUAAAGGUUUUCUUGAAAAGAACAAUUUAAGCACCGACAUUGUCAUACAUUAUGACAGCUCUUUGCGCUCAAUUCUCUACUGGUGUGCAUGGACGGGCAGUUUCAAACUCUUCGCCUAUAUUCUACAUGGAUUUAAGUCAGAUGGCGUAUCAACAGAGUAUUUGAAUACGCAGAAAUCCAUGUGUCUUGUUGCAGCUUCGUUCUUCGGUUUUAAAGAUAUAGUGGAUAGUUUACUGAACUCCAUAACCGGCGUGAAAUUCAAUGACCAAAUACAUGACAAAAGGACGAAUUCGAAGUACAAAGUAUUUGGAUUUGUGCUUGGAAGAUUGAUGUCCAUUGCCCCUACCCCAUUACACGCUGCUGUCUGUGGUGGUUUCAAAGAUAUUGUUGAAAAGCUUCUGUACUAUCUGGCAGAUGUAAAUGCGAAGACAGAAGAUGGAAGUACCCCUCUACAUAUCGCUGUUUGCGCAGGACAUGUUGACAUAGUCGACAUAUUGCUGAGGAACAACCCUCCCGCAGAUGUAAACGCUGCCGACGUCUACCGGAGAACACCGUUACGUAUUGCUUCAGGAAUACCGGGUAUCUAUGAUACAAUUCCUAAGGAAUUUGCAAUGGAAAGGAUGCCGUGCGUUCGAGUCAGGGACCCACAAAAUCAAUUACGUAUUGCAAAAGCACUUAUGGAGAAUGGUAGUUCAGUUAACAGUCAGGACUGGCAUUUAGACACUCCGCUUCAUUCAGCUUUGGCAUCAAACAACUUCCGCUUGGCGGAGAUGCUCGUCUCUAGUGAUUAUGACGUUGACCUCAAGAACAUGAUCGGUGACACAUGCCUCCAUCUGGCAGCUAAGUUUGGACAGACAGACAUAUGUAAGUUACUUAUUGACAGAAGGGCUAAUGUCAAUGCUGUCAACAUGACAAACAAAACGAUGCCUCUUCACAUGGCAGUGCAUUCUGGGAAUGCAGAUACAGUGAAGUAUCUAGUCGAAAUUGGUGGUGCUCACACGGAAUUCCGUAACAAUGACAAUGAAACACCCCUAGAUAUUGCUGAACGCUGUGGCUUCCGCGAGGCAAUAGAAUUACUGAAUGGUGAAACUGAUAUUGUGACGUCACUAUGAAUGAAUGAAUGAAUGAAUGGAUGGAUGAAUGAAUGACUUGUUAGAUUUGGUUAGUUUUGUGAUGAAAUUAUAUGGGAAGAGAAGUGUUCAUUCUUCUGCUCAACGCCAUGACACCGGGAUGUCAUGACGCUAAACUUAUAUUUCUUUUCGAGAUUUUUACACAUUUGCUGCAAAAAAGACAUUCGCAUGUUUCAGGAGGAAGUAAGCUCUUUAUUCAGUGAUAUAACAAAGUCAAUAUCUCGUAAUAUGUCUGAGCUGAUGAAAGGAUGUAACAUCUAAUUUAUAUACCGUAUAGCGGGAAAUUUUAGCGGGGCUUUAAUUUGGCGAUUUGGCGGGUCCGUAUAUAGAUCGCCAAAAUUUAACCCGUCAAAUUUUAACACCGCCAAUUAAAAAGACGCGAAAAUUUUAAUUUUGCCAUUAGUUUCCGUUCCGAUCGCCAUUUACCUUUGAUAACUCCCGAGAGUAACGACUGGUGCGUAACGUUGGUUGUUGCCUUGCACCUGUCGGCCAAAAUGCCGAUAGGUAUGAAUAGCUAUAGCUAGUGAACAACUACUCACGAUACAUGUAUUGCAAUACAAGUAUGACAUAUAUCGCAUCAUAAUUAUUUUUUUGUGAAAACAAAGCCAUCUACCCUUACCAUUCAAUGGACUGAUAUUAACACUUUACCUGUUGACUCAUUGUUUAACAUACCUGUACGUAUACACAUCAUAAAAUAGAUGACCACGUCGAUAGCAUACGGUUGAUUAAAUUCUCUUUGUCUGUUGCUCGUACAUAUAAACACUAAUUUGACAACACACUUCAUCAGCAUGGAUAGAAUGUAUGGGCAUAACAUAAUCAUCUAUAUAUACCGGUAGGUAAUAUAUAUGCUCAACGCCAAAAAACCCUAGAUUUAAUGGAAAUCGCUCAAUUUUAACUCGCCAAAAUUUAACUUCCAGUUUUCAUGACCAAAUCGCCAAAUUUUAUGACCGCUAAAAUUUCCCGCUAUACGGUAUAAUAUAUUUUAUAUAUUGAUUUAACUUAUUAUGUCCUGUAGAAUAUACACAGUUGUUUUUUUCUGCUUUUUGAUAUCAGAUAAUGCACAUUUUGGUUUAGAGUAUUUUAAACCAAAUACCUGGUAUUUAAAUACGUAUUUUCGUAUACGUAUAUUCGUAUUUUCUAUUAUAUCUUCCUUUGUAAUGCAUUACCACUGGAUAACCCAACGAAAACCAGAUGGCAUUCAAAACACAAUGAAUGCCAUGGCUGAAUUUUUGACAUUAUUGUCAUUUUGACAUCAAAGAUGUAACGUUACAUACUACCGACCAUAAAUGAAGAAUAUUUUUCUAGACAUUCAACAGGCAAGAUGUAUAUUGUUUAAACUCAAUGCUGAUACAUUAUGAAGAGAUAUUUCUAUUAUGGGUACGUUUUACUCACUGAUUAAGCAAGUUGUCAUUCAUAUUGCUUAUGAAUGCAUUUCCACUAUAUUUAAGGGUUAACUGUAAUAUUUUUUUUACGUUAUUGCUCAGUAACACAAAAAACUGUGGUGUACUCUGAAU